UUUAUAAAGCAAGCCUUCAGUGGUUGGACAGGGAGAAAUAUUUGGAAAUUAUCGAAUCCAGCGGCUAAACGCACGAGCAUACGUUCAAUGAAGUUUUAACAAGACUCAUAGCCUACAGCCAGAAUCAGUCUUCUUAGCUAGCUAACACAAAGACAGCUGAUACAGAAUUAUUUUCGAAUGUCAUAUUUGUUGAACAGCUAGAAUCAAGGGAAAGUGGUCUAUCUGUGCCAAAAGCAACAAAUGGCAGAGAUAAGAAAAAAGCUGGUCGUCGUCGGUGACGGCGCGUGUGGGAAAACCUGCUUGCUGAUUGUAUUCAGCAAAGACGAGUUUCCUGAGGUCUAUGUGCCAACUGUAUUUGACAACUAUGUGGCGGACAUUGAAGUGGACACCAAGCAAGUCCAACUAGCACUGUGGGACACGGCUGGACAGGAGGACUACGACCGCCUUCGCCCGCUGUCCUAUCCGGACACUGAUGUCAUCCUGAUGUGCUUUUCCGUGGACAGCCCGGACUCCCUCGAAAACAUCCCCGAGAAAUGGGUGCCAGAGGUUAAGCACUUUUGUCCCAACGUGCCAAUUAUUUUAGUUGCCAACAAGAGAGACUUGCGCAACGACGACAAUGUUAAGAGCGAGCUGUCCAGAAUGAAACAGGAACCCGUGAAAACAGAGGACGGGCGCGCCAUGGCCGUGCGCAUUAAUGCAUAUGACUAUUUGGAGUGUUCUGCUAAAACAAAGGAUGGUAUUCGGGAGGUGUUCGACACUGCGACACGUGCAGCUUUACAGAAGAGAUCAAAAGCCUCCAGCGGUUCUGUAAACUGCUGUCUGUUGUUGUGAUCGAAUGAACAGCUGACGUAAGCGAUAAUGUAGCCCUAUCUUACUUUAAUGGACGGCUGCCAACACCAUUAAGACCUGUUGUCAUUGUGCUUGAAAAGUUCAACAACAAAAAACACGUCUGUUUGUGUCUCCCACUAAAUACUUUCUUGCGAGCCAGUAGCAUAAUGUUCAAAAUAAAUAAUAAUCCGAUUAUGGAUCAUCAUCUGGAUCUAUUCUUCUGAUACAUUUACCUUAUAAUCUAAUACAAGUAAUUUACAGAAGAAAUACGUUUGUCAAACAUUCAAGAUGCUGCCUGAAAUGAUGCUGUAGUCUUUGAGGAUCUUGUUCCAAGGCUUGUUGACAUGCAACCAGUGUGUUUGGCAAUUUAUGCAAUAUGUGGAGGGAAAGAUAGGCCUAUAGCUGAAAGCAGUGCUCAAAAGGAAAAACCAUCGCACAACCUAGAGUUUUAGUGAACGCUUUAUCCCCUUAUAUGGUCACAUUGUAUUAUUAAUGUGAAAGAGGCUAUUUACAUUUUACAUUUUAGUCAUUUAGCAGACGCUCUUAUCCAAAGCGACUUACAGUUAGUGAGUGCAUACAUUUUCAUACUGGCCAGCUUUCAAGCCAAGAUUCUACUUGCUCAAAGUGUUGGAGCCUACAUGACUGUUUUGAAGUGUAAGCCUUAGACUACAUUUUUAUUUGGUCAAGCUGCUCUCAUAUUGAUCAAAAAGGCUGUUCAUCCUGCCUUCAGUGGGUUUUGUUUGUGUGUGUAAAUGGUUGACAUUGCAUUAAGAUGACAGGGUUACCCCUCUGCAGCACUAUGUGUAAAGAAUUAAUGCAAUUAUUUCACAUAUUGAAUAUGGUGGAGUUUCAGAAAGACCCCCAUAGUGCAAUAUGUUUUUAUGUCUUCAAGUUUGUGUCACAGUUAUUUAUAUUGUUUUAUGUUUUUAAAUAAUAAAGAUAUGAUCAGAA